GAACGACCUGGAGCUAUUAAGCUCAUCGCCCCAAAACGCCAACAUGCACUGGUUGAGUCGGACAUGUUCAUGGAUGCGCUUUCGGCAACGCUGCGCAAGGAUGUGAAGAAGCGCAAACGAAGGACGAGUGGAUCGGACAGUAAUUCGACCACACCCACCUCUCCUGCUCCUACUGUUGUUGGCGCCACCAAACCGGCUGAAUCCGCUGGCGUUACCGCAGCAACAAAGUCAUCCAUUCCAGACAGUCCCACGAAGAAAACGGCGGGAAGCGAUGGAGUAGCAGGCGGCGAUGCAUCGGAAUCGAUAGCCGCAGCAGCGUCGAAAGAGACCGCACCAGUAACACCACCACCGAUCGUAGCCCCGAUGUCCUUCUACCGGGACACUCUGGCCGAGGACGAUGAACAGUCAACGGUGGAAGGCACGGACGAGGACAAGAAGGAGGAUGCCGCCUCCAAGGAAGCAGGUAGCAAAGCAAAGGAGGACGAGGAAGAGGAUGGUGAUGAAGCGGAAGCGGUUACCCGGAAGCCAAAAAGAGUCAAAUGUGAACUGAAUGAUGACGAUGAUGAUGAUGCGGAUGAGAAAGAGAAUAAGGCUGAUUGUAAGGAGGGCGUGAAAAAGGACACGGCCACCGGAGGUGAUGAGGAAGAGGGAAUGAGCAAAGGGGGGGCCGAACAGAGCAAUGCACUAGUCGACGCCAUGAUGAACGACGUCGAGAUGAAGAUGGCCGCCGAAGAGGAAGAAUCGAAGGAAGAGCCAGCCGAUGGUCCGGAAUCUUCGGACACGGAGGGUGGCAAAAAGCCACCGGGACCGGGCUGUGGUCCCGAUGGGCCACCCGGGGUUCUCGUCAUUCAUCGGCGCAAAGGUCCGAAGAAGCAGCUGCGCUGGCGAGCUGCCGAGGAUCUCGAAGAAAUUCGCUACUUCGAGCUAGACGUAACGGAGCGCUGCAACGUGACAAAGUCGUUCACGGAUAUGAAGAAUCUGGAGCGCGUUGACGAACGCCAAAAGUUCCUGUUGGCGCGUAAGGUCGGCUCGGAGGACAAUAUGACGGAACGGACGGUCUGGCGGCCACUGGUGCUGGUCGACAAUGUACCACCGGCGCCCGAUGGCAAUCAAAGCGCCGAGCGGGCGGUACAGCAUCAGCGCGAACGGAGUGUCCUGCAGGCGCUCUACUUUAACAAACACAUGAUCCCGGAUUGUCCGGUCGAACCGGAACCGGUCGAUAUGUACCAGACGGCCGAUCCGGUACACAUUCCACUCGAGGACGUUACCGGCAAUCCGGAUUCGGUGAACGAUUUCACCAGCAUGCCAUGGCCGGAUCCACGAUCGACACCGCCCCACGAUUCGGUGGCCUUUAAUUCACCCUUCUUCCCCGCCGAUCUGCCACCGGGGGCCGGUUUUGGUCCCGGAGGUUUUCCCCCACCGUUCCCGGGAGGUAUGCCGGGGCCAGCGCCUUGGCAAAUGCCUGGACCACCACCGGGUGGUCGUUCAGCAGGCGGCCUUCCUGCUGCCGGUGGUGUGCUUCCACCUGGUAUGUUCCCUUCGCUUAAUCAACCACCACCCGGUCUGGGAGGUGGUGGUGCUGGUGGGGGCGGUGGCAAUAGUCCCAACAUGAUGCUGAACCUCAAUCUACCACCGAACGUACCACCACCGGGCAUGUUUCCGGGUGGUGGCUCCUUCAACUCACCACCACCAGACCUUGGCAUGCUGGAGGGUGGCGGUGCCGGUCGGCGCGGCGGUGAUGGACAGAACUUCCGCGGUGGCCUUGCUCCACCACCUUGGAUCAACAAUAAUCGAUCCUUUGGCGGUGGUGGUGGUGGCAGCGGUAGUAGCUCAACGUUACCAUCUCAACGUGGCGGUCACUAUGGCAACCGUGGUGCCAGUGGCGGUAACUGGAACAAUCGCAGCAACAACGGCGGUACCAACCGGGGCUCGGCUGGUGAACGGGGGCGCAACAGCAACAGCAACAGCAACAGCAACAGUGGUGCACCCUGGAUGCAGAACAAUCGUAGCCAUAGCAACCGCGCUGGUGGUGGUGGUGGUGGUGGUAGUAGCCGGAAAUGGUAGCACCACGCCACUGAUGACGAGGACGAAGACGAUGAUGCAGACAGUCGUGAUUGAACUAUCGUGAUUUUGAAACCAGACACAGGCGGGGCAUGCAUGGCGGUAAGACGCGCGCCAAGUGUACAGGGUGAAGUCAAUAAUGGCUUUGUUAAUCGCGUCUUGUUAUCGGUUAUCUUGUUUUAACGAAUCGGGCGGCGCGGAAGGAAGGAUGUUUUUUUGUGUAGCGAGUAAUGUAAGAACACAAAUCAAAAGACAAGUUUUCAUCAAGUGUAAUCAUUGAUACACACAUAUACACCUCUCCACGCACGGUCAAGUGUGAUGAAGUUGUAAAUAUUUAUGACGAUAAGAUAGGGAGGAAUUAAGGAAGCAUUUAGUGAGAAUUUUUCGCAAUAAGAUUACGGCGCAAUCGAAUUCUUCUCGGGAAGUCCAUAUAUUGCUGUUUGAGGAAUUGGAGAAUUGGAGCGUCUCUCCCGGUGGCGGAAUUGUGGGCGAGCCUUUAGAGAAGAGUAAUAAUAAAACUAUUACACAACACAAGAGUGUCCAGCAGAAACUUCGGGGUAACGUUCUGUGUUUACUAAGAGAAUCGAUCGUGUGCUUGUCCUUAUCAUUACAAACGAUGCCCGUUGGUUUUAGGAUUUUAUGCUGCUUUACUUUAGGUACGGUUUGGUGUGGGUGGUGUAUGCAUGCUGAGUAGGAUAAGCAACAAACGAGAAAUGGUGUGGCAAGACAUGUUAUGAAUUGGAAUCCCGACGAUUAUUUGUAAUUUUUUAAAUGUAGUUGGUUUUACGUGAGAAUAAAUAAAGUAGCCAAGUAAAUCUAA